CCAUACUGUUCAUGAUAUGUCAUCGUUCUUUGAUGUGAAGGCGCCAUGGCCGCCGAACAGGAGCAAUUUUACCAAAUCUUGACAACACUUUUAUCAACAGAUAACAACAUCAGAACUCAAGCUGAGGAUGCUUAUUCUAAUUUGCCUGUUGAAAGCAAAGUUAGUCACUUAUUAGGAGCAAUCCAUAAUAAUAAUUUGAGCCAUGAAGCUCGACAAAUGUCGGCAGUCCUGCUGAGAAGAGUGUUUUCCAAUGAUUUCUUGGAUUUCUAUCCAAAACUACCACCAGAAAGUCAAAAUCAGUUGAAAGAGCAAGUUUUAUUAGCUGUUCAACAAGUUGAAACUGAACAGUUAAGGCAUAAAGUGUGUGAAGUUGUGGCAGAAGUUGCUAGAAAUUUGAUUGAUGAUGAUGGGAAUAACCAGUGGCCAGAAUUCCUUCAGUUCCUCUUCCAUUGUGCCAAUGACCAAAAUCCGGUUCUCAAAGAAGCAGCUCUUCAAAUGUUUACUAGUGUGCCUGGUGUAUUUGGUAACCAGCAGAAUAAUUAUUUGGAUUUAAUCAAGCAAAUGUUAUUACAAAGUCUACAACCUUCUGAAUCCUAUGAAGUCCGUUUUCAAGCUGUGAGGGCAGUAGGCGCCUUUAUGCUGAUAAAUGAUAAGGAAACUCAAAUAUUAAAACAUUUCGCUGAUCUAUUAACACCCAUGUUACAUGUUAUUGCUGAAAGUAUCCAACAGCAAGAUGAUGAUUCUCUAUUGAAAGUUCUGAUUGAUUUAGCCGAGAAUGUACCAAAAUAUUUAAGACCACAAUUAUUACCUAUUUAUGAAAUGUGCAUGAAAAUUUUCAGCGAUUCUAGAGCAAUGGAUAGUUGGAGGCAGCUUGCUUUGGAGGUUAUGGUCACUUUGGCGGAGAUGGCACCCGCGAUGGUGCGUAAAAACGCCGCCAAAUACAUGGAACAACUGAUCCCGUUGAUAUUGCAAUUUAUGGCUGAUCUUGAAGAAGAAUCUGGGUGGGCCGAAUCCGAUGAACUUUUAGAUGAAGAUAAUGAUUGUAAUAAUGUUGUUGCAGAGGCUGCUUUAGAUCGACUUGCCUGUGGUCUAGGUGGCAAAAUUAUUCUGCCUCUUGUAACUCAGAGUAUUCCUGCAAUGUUGGCUAGCCCAGAUUGGAAACAAAGGCAUGCUGCUCUUAUGGCAAUUAGUGCCAUUGGAGAAGGAUGUCAUAAACAAAUGGAAGGUAUGCUCCAACAAAUAAUGUGUGGAGUACCUGGCGUUAUGGAAGGUGUUUUGCAUUAUUUGCAAGAUCCUCAUCCACGUGUUAGAUAUGCAGCUUGCAAUGCAGUAGGUCAAAUGGCAACUGACUUUGCUUCUGUUUUUGAGAAGAAAUUCCACGAUCGAGUAGUACCAGGUUUACUUAUGUUACUAGAUGAUAAUGCUAAUCCUCGUGUUCAAGCUCAUGCAGGAGCGGCUUUGGUUAAUUUUGCUGAGGAUUGUCCAAAACAUAUACUUAGCGGUUAUUUAGAUGCUCUUAUGAGUAAACUAGAGGGUAUUUUAACAGCUAAAUUCAAAGAAUUGGUAGAAAAAGGUACAAAAUUAGUAUUGGAACAAGUUGUAACGACGAUAGCUAGUGUUGCAGAUACAGCAGAACAAGAAUUUAUAGCCUAUUAUGACCGCUUAAUGCCUUGCUUAAAAUACAUUAUUCAAAAUGCGAAUAAGGAUGAAUUGAAAUUACUUAGAGGUAAAGCUAUUGAGUGUGUUACUUUGAUUGGUAUGGCAGUUGGAUCUGAGAAAUUCAGUAUAGAUGCAACUGAGGUUAUGGAUAUGUUGUUAAAAACACAUGGUGAUGGUGCAGAAUUACCAGAUGAUGAUCCCCAAACCAGUUAUCUUAUUUCCGCAUGGUCAAGAAUAUGCAAGGUUCUUGGUAAGAAUUUUGAACAAUAUUUGCCUUUGGUGAUGGGGCCAGUAAUGAGAACUGCCGCUAUGAAACCAGACGUAGCCUUAUUGGAUAAUGAUGAUAUGCAAGGAGUUGAAGGUGAUGACGAUUGGCAAUUUGUAUCUUUGGGUGAACAGAAAAACUUUGGCAUACGUACUGCAGGUUUGGAAGACAAAGCCGCUGCUUGCAGUAUGCUAGUUUGCUAUGCUCGAGAAUUGAAAGAAAGCUUUUCAAAUUAUGCAGAGGAGGUUGUCAAACUUAUGGUACCAAUGCUCAAAUUUUAUUUUCAUGACGGUGUACGAAACGCAGCAGCCGAAUCUUUACCUUGGCUAUUGGAGUGUGCAAUUUGCAAAGGCCCCGCUUUUAUGGGUGGUAUGUGGAGCUUCAUCUGUCCAGAAUUACUCAAGGCUAUCGACACUGAGCCAGAAAGUGAAGUUUUAAUGGUUAUGUUGGAUUCACUUUCAAGGUGUAUUCAAAAAUUAGGACCGAAUUAUAUUGAUCAGGAAUCCAUGACUGAAAUUUUAAGGAUUAUAGAUAAACUAAUGAAGGAACAUUUUGAACGAGCCAACGAUAGACAUAAGAAGCAUUUAGAUGAAGAUUAUGAUGAAGAAGUUCAAGAACAAUUAGAAGAUGAAGAAUCUGAUGACAUUUAUGUAUUAAGUAAAAUCACUGACGUCAUCCACUCACUAUUCUUGGUAUACAGAGAAAAUUUCCUACCUCUGUUUGAUCAAAUAAGCAGUCAUUUUGUGAACCUUUUGACGCCGAAUCGUAGCUGGGCAGAUAGGCAAUGGGGCAUAUGUGUUUUUGAUGAUAUAAUAGAAUUCACAGGACCUGCUUGUGCCAAAUACCAAGGCUUUUUCCUCCAACCUUUAGCCGUAUACAUCAAAGAUAAGAGUUGCGAAGUACGACAGGCAGCUGUCUACGGAUGGGGAGUACUCGCUCAAUUCGGUGGAGAACAGUUUGCUGGAGAAUUGGCGAAAGCAAUAACACCUUUAGCCGAAGUUAUAAACGAUCCAGAAUCGAAAGAUUCUAGAAAUAUUAAUGCGACAGAAAAUGCUAUAUCAGCCAUUACUAAAAUUAUGAAAUAUAAUAAUUCUCAAAUUAAUUUGGAUGAAAUUAUACCAUUGUGGUUCUCUUGGUUGCCGGUUAUAGAAGAUGCUGAUGAAGCGCCACACAUUUAUGGAUAUAUGUGUGAUCUUAUAGAACAGAACAAUCAACACAUCCUAGGAGUAAAUAAUUCAAAUAUUCCAAGGAUAAUUGGCAUAAUAGCGGAAGCAUUCUUCAGGGAAGUGAUAGAACCAACAAAACCUGAAGGAUUUAGAAUGGUUAAUAUUGUUAGGCAGGUACAAUCGAACGAAACAUUUUUCCAAAGCGUGGUCCAAUCUUUGGCGCCGGAACUGCAGCAAGCUUUGCAUGUGGCUCUUCAUACGGCACCCACUUCUUAGCUGAAGAUUCAAAUUUAAGUUAUUGUUUUUAAAGCUAAUUUAAUUAAUACAGAGUUGAAAUGAAAAAAAGUUGAAACGUACUGAUCGGUUCUAAGGUAAUUUGCAUUGUUUUAAUCCGUUUCUUGAAACGCAUACUAUUUUUUAAAAUUUAGGUCUGAUAACUUUUAAAAUUAUUCCUACACAUCGAAAUAAAUGUUCCAUUUUGUACCGAUGUAAUGUGAUAAUGUAUGCUUUAUAAUUUUUUAUAAUGCACAUUAUUUUAGAAUCGUCAUGUAUAAAUUAUUUUUAUAUUCUUACGACGUUAUAGCAGAAUUUUUGUUUUUGUACUAGUUACAAAAAAUUUUUUACUGGGAAAUUUUUUAUGAUUACCUUCCGAAUAGGUACUUAUUUUGAGAACUCAUUGUACAUAGAAUUCACUGCUCUGUACUAUAUAUGUGAUACUUAUUUUUCAUUCAUAAAAUAUUUUUGUCUACAAUAAUGUUAGUGUUUCGAAAAUUAUUUAAUCACUAAUGAAAUUGAAUAAAUAUCAAUAAAACACAUUUUCCUGAA